UGCUGCCCAUGCUAUGCAGCUACAUGUCUCACUGGUGGGAGCACGGCCCAGAGAACAACCCUCCAGAGACUGCAGACAGCUGCUGUACUCACCUCACCUCAGACCACAUGAAUAGUCUACUGGGCAACAUCCUGAAGAUUAUCUAUAAUAACCUGGGGAUCGACGAGGGGGCCUGGAUGAAACGGCUCGCAGUGUUCUCUCAGCCAAUCAUUGGUAAGGCAAAGGGGGCUGUUGAAGACCCACUUUCUGCCGCUGAUGGAGAAGUUGAGGAAGAAGGCUGCCACCGUACUGCAGGAUGAGGAACAGAUGAAGGCCGAGGGACGAGGGGAGAUGUCUGAGGCUGAACUACUCAUCCUGGAUGAGUUUACCAUCCUGAUCAGAGACCUCUAUGCCUUUUAUCCGCUACUCAUCCGCUUUGUAGACUACAACAGGGCCAAAUGGCUGAAAGAAUCAAACCCUGAGGCUGAGGAGCUCUUCCGCAUGGUAGCAGAGGUCUUCAUAUUCUGGUCCAAGUCUCAUAAUUUUAAACGGGAGGAGCAGAACUUUGUGGUUCAGAAUGAGAUCAACAAUAUGUCCUUCCUCAUCACAGACACCAAGUCAAAGAUGUCCAAGGGAGCCGUGUCCGACCAGGAGAGGAAGAAGAUGAAGAGGAAGGGUGAUCGCUACUCCAUGCAGACCAGCCUCAUCGUAGCAGCGUUGAAGAGACUACUUCCUGUAGGACUGAAUAUCUGCGCUCCAGGAGACCAGGAACUGAUCGCUCUGGCCAAGAUCCGCUUCAGUCAGAAAGACACAGAGGACGAGGUGCGGGAGAUCAUCAGAAACAACCUGCACCUGCAGGGAAAGCUGGAGGACCCUGCUAUCCGCUGGCAGAUGGCUCUGUAUAAGGAUCUUCCUAACAGGAGCGAGGACACGUCAGACCCGGAGAAGACUGUAGAGAGAGUCCUGGACAUCGCUCACGUCCUCUUCUAUCUAGACCAGGUGGAACAUCCGCAAAGGAGCAAAAAGGCUGUGUGGCACAAGCUGCUCUCUAAACAGAGGAAGAGGGCUGUAGUGGCCUGUUUCAGAAUGGCUCCCCUGUAUAACCUACCCAGGCACCGGGCGGUCAACCUGUUUCUACAGGGAUAUGAGAAGUCCUGGAUUGAGACUGAGGAGCACUACUUUGAGGAUAAGCUCAUAGAGGACCUGGCUAGACCUGGAGGAGAGGAGCCUCCUGAAGAAGAUGAGGGAGCCAAGAGGAUCGACCCUCUUCAUCAGCUCAUACAGUUAUUCAGUAGGACGGCCCUGACUGAGAAGUGUAAACUGGAAGAGGACAUUCUCUACAUGGCCUAUGCUGACAUUAUGGCUAAGAGCUGUCAUGAUGAAGAGGAUGAGGAUGGAGAGGAGGUGAAGAGUUUUGAAGAAAAAGAGAUGGAGAAACAGAAGCUGCUAUAUCAGCAGGCCAGGUUACACGACCGAGGUGCUGCAGAGAUGGUGCUGCAGACUAUCAGCGCCAGCAAAGGUGAGAUGGGUCCCAUGGUGGCCUCUACUCUGAAGCUGGGGAUAGCUGUCCUCAAUGGAGGCAACUCGACUGUUCAGCAGAAAAUGCUGGACUACCUGAAAGACAAGAAGGACGUGGGCUUCUUCCAGAGUCUGCUGGUCUGA